CUACCAGGGUAUGGAGCAUGGGGUACAGUCAGCUACAAAACAUAUCAUCGCGUACGAUACGUGUGACCGUGGGCCCCACCUUUCAUCCCCUGCAUAUCCUUCCUUGUUCAAUUCUCUAUCCAAACCAUUUGCGUCCUCUUCUUUCUCACUCUGUUUUUAUUUGCAUCUUUUAACUUCUGCUUCAUUCUCAUUCAUUGCAACUACAGAAGUAACCCUAAUAGUCUAUCUGUUACACAAUGAGCAGUGUGAAGAAGAGGACACGUGUCGGUAAUUACGAAAUCGGCAAGACGUUAGGUGAAGGAAGCUUCGCCAAAGUUAAGUUCGCGCGAAAUCUCGUUACCGGUGAACCCGUUGCCAUUAAGAUUAUUGAUCGUGAUCGUAUUCUGAAACAUAAGAUGGUUGAACAGAUGAAACGAGAAAUAUCGACAAUGAAGUUGAUUAAGCAUCCGAAUGUUUUGAAUCUGUAUGAGGUUAUGGCAAGCAAAACAAAGAUCUAUAUCGUUCUCGAGUAUGUUGAUGGAGGGGAGCUUUUUGACCAAAUAGCAAAACAUGGGAGGCUUCAAGAAGAUGAAGCUCGGAGAUACUUUCAGCAACUAAUUAAUGCUGUUGAUUACUGUCAUAGUAGAGGCGUGUAUCACCGAGAUCUCAAGCCUGAAAAUCUACUCUUGGACUCGUAUGGUGUUCUAAAAGUUUCAGACUUUGGAUUAUCUCAGCAAGUGGAAAAUGGGAUGUUACAUACGGCCUGUGGGACGCCAAAUUAUGUUGCUCCUGAGGUGCUCACUCUACAGAAAUAUAAUGGUGCAGCCUCUGAUAUAUGGUCAUGUGGAGUUAUCCUUUUUGUCCUUAUGGCAGGAUACUUACCAUUUGAUGAAGCAAACCUCAUGGGUUUGUAUAGGAAAAUUGAGAAGGCUGACUAUAGAUGCCCACCAUGGUUUUCAUCUGGUGCAAAGAAACUGUUGGCACGAAUUCUUGAUCCGAACCCCAACACCAGAAUAACUAUUCCUGAAAUCUUGGGAAAUGAGUGGUUCAAGAAAGGGUAUAAACCCCCACAUUUUGAGCAGGAUGGGGAUGUGAAUCUUGAUGAUGUUGAUGCUGUUUUCAAUGAAUCAAAGGAACAUCUUGUUACAGAAAAGAAAGAGAAACCUGAAUCCAUGAACGCGUUUGAGUUGAUAUCUCGGUCACAAAGUUUCAGUUUAGAAAAUAUGUUUGAGAAGCAGAAGGGUCUUGUAAAGAGAGAAACAAGUUUUGCUUCAAAGUGUCCUGCUAAUGAGAUCAUGUCUAAAAUUGAGGAAGCUGCAAAACCCAUGGGUUUCAAUGUUCACAAACGAAAUUACAAGAUGAAAUUACAAGGCGACAAGACCGGAAGAAAGGGCCACCUUGCCGUGGCUACAGAGGUUUUUGAAGUGGCCCCCUCACUGCACAUGGUGGAGCUUAGGAAAACUGGGGGUGACACAUUGGAGUUUCACAAUUUCUACAAGAACUUUUCAUCAGGAUUGAAGGAUAUAGUUUGGACCACCGAAUCAAAUACAGAUGACAACAGAAGGAAAGGGUGAAAAGGGCAAUUGUUUACAAGUGGUAAUCAUUCAGGCUGAAGAUUUGGUGAUUCGUGACAUAAUUUGAGCGACACCCUCAACUCCCCUCUGUGUAUUAUUCGUGGUAUAUCGGUUUACUAACAGAAGUUGCAAUCUUUUUUGUGUUGUAACCUGAAUUAUAUGCCAUCUGUAUGUUUAAGAACCGAAUGAAGCAUGCUUGAGUUAUGAAUUCAUCCUGAAAUUUAUGUUAUA